ACACUGCCCGCUCCUCUUCUCCCCUUUUCUCUCAAGUUCUCAUAUUCUUCCAUCUUCCUUGCUCAAUUCCAUCUCAAGACUCUAAGGUUACUAUGGAUCGUGAUGAUACCGCUAAAGGAAAAGGGGCGGGGAAGUCCUCCACUACUGCUCCCCCUCCAAAGAAACGCAAGCAAGGCGAGAGCUCUUCCCGACAAGCCAAGGGAAAGCAAGUGGCUAGCGGGUCUACGAGGCCACCACGGCCUCGGGUGGAACUUGUUUAGGAUAACGCCAUCAAAUGGCAUGAUACUUUUGUUCCAUAUGGGAGAUAUGUGUCUGAAAUGGGGAUAAAUGUGAAGGCUUUAGAACGGAACUUCCCAGAUGUACUUGCUACAUUGAUCGAAAAGAAGAUGGAUAAGCUCUUCGAAUGUCCGGGCCCGACAAAUCUCAGCAUGGUAAGAGAGUUAUAUGCCAACUGGAAUGAGAAAAAUGACGAGUCGUGGGUCAGAGGAAAGGAAAUUCCAAUGGAUAGGGAAGCCUUGUGUCAUUUUUUGGGAGUUGAUAGCCCUAACCCACGAAGGCUUCGAAAGUUCGUCAAAAGUCCACGCUACUAAGCAAUACGUCACACGCUUUGUGGCGUUGAUUCUAAUGCAAAGUGGACGCGAACUAGGGGAAAUAUUCACCUUGAAAUGCUCCGGUUCGACUUCAACAAAACGGCCAAGGUCUGGCAAAACUUUGUGCAAGCUAGAUUAAUGUUCGUUGAGCAUAAUAGUAAGUGCACUCGAGUUCGAGUGUGCGUGAUCUCCUUUUUGAUGACCGGGUGCCCCAUAAAUGUGGGUGAGCUCAUGCUUGGGGAGAUGACCCGCACCCGUUUUGGAGGAAGGAUCAAAAGCUUUUUUUUUGGCAACAUCCUAACACAAUACAUGCUCUCUCGUGGGGUACCAGAGUACCCUGGCUAUGAUGAGGUAGUGGAGGCACCCACAACAUUGUUAAACAUCACAUCCAUGCUAGAGUCCACAUCCAAGCUCACCCAAGCUGCUAGGAAUGAGAGGGACAAAAAUUUCAACAGGUAUCUUUACAAAUCCCUCAAUGUUAUUAUGAGCAGGCUAGGGGUGUCAGAUGAGAAGCGCACGCGAUUGCGAAGUGAUCUCUCCAGUUCUUCCAAGGAGAUGUUGGGCAUAGAACCAAGCAGUCAUGUUCAUCCGUCUGAGGAUGAAAACACUUACAAGGAAUCUGAUAAUGAGGAUGCGGAUGAUGAUGAAGUUAUUGGACCAAUGGCUUUGGUACCCUUAGGAGAUGAUGAUGAGCCCAUUGCCGCAGCUGGUUGGCAUCCUGAUGAGGCAGACUCCGACUAGCAGGGAGUUCUUUCUUUCUACCUUACUUUAUUUUUGAAUUUAUUAUGCAUUGCACUAUGCAUUGUUUAAGUGUGGGGUGGGGGAAUACUCAUUGAAUUGUAUAAAACUUUUUUUUUAGUGUUAUUGUUUUUUUUUUUCUUUUAUCACCUUUUAGCUUAGUUUAAGACUAGCAUAGUCUAAUUAGCUAGAUUACAU